AGGUUGUUUUAAAGUAAGAAAUUAUAUUUCGUUUUUAAAUUUAAAGUGUUUUUUAAUUUUAGAAUGUUGUUUUACACAUAAAUCAAUAUCCGGUAGAUAUAAUAAAAUGAUCAAAUCUUGUAUAAAUAAUCUUUGAUUUUUAACAUAAUUUUAAGUUAAAUUUUAUUUUAAAAAGUUUUUAAACACUAAUGAUCAGUUUUUUAAUUAUUUUUAAUGGCAGACGAUGUGAUUGAUGUGGAUUCCAGUGAAUCUGACUGUUCCUUCGAGGAAUUUAACAUUUACGAAUGGUUUAUGUACUAUAAUAACCUUUGUUUCGACGGGUCUCUUGACAGAGUCCAGUUAUCCUGGAGUAAGAGGAUGACUAGAUGUGCAGGAAUUUGUCAAUACAAGCCCAUAGGAUUUUGCCAUAUUAGGCUUAGCGAAUCUCUACUUAGAUACAGAUCAGCUACAGAAUGCAAGGAGACUUUAUUACAUGAGAUGAUCCACGCGUAUAUCUUUUUGAACAAAUUAGACUUUCUAUUUGGACACGGACCUAAAUUUAUUUGGCAUAUGAAGAGAGUUAAUGAGAUUACGGGUCUCAACGUAACUGUGUCCCACCAAUUUCACGAUGAAGUUAACUACUACCGUAAACACAUUUGGAGAUGUGACGGUAUUUGCAGAUUCAAACCGCCUUAUUUUGGAUAUGUUAAACGUUCCACUAAUAGGAAUCCAGGUCCAAAUGACUUUUGGUGGAAAAAACACGAAACUGAAUGCGGUGGCAAAUUUAUUAAAAUUUCUAAUGAUUUGAAUGUGUCAACUAAAAAACGAGUCAACAGAGAUAAAAAAAUUCACACAAACACUAUUGAGCAAUAUUUUAAUAAAAGAAAACGAAGUUUGGCGGAUUUAGGCUCAGUAAGCUCUCCAAUUAUUAUUGACGAAGAUUAAUAAUUUAAUUAAUGAAGUAAAAUUUUAAAAUUAAUAACCCUGUA